AGAUAUCCAUCGCUGGUUUACCGCUCGAGUAGUGACAAGGAACGACGCAAAUCGGCUGGCGAUGAGGAUGUUCUCAAGCAGAUGAACAUCUAUGUUCCCGUCAAAAAUUUAGAUACUGGCGAGAAUAUGACGUUGUCUGAGGUUCGCUCUCCACCAGUUCCCGAAGGUUGGAAUCCAUUGUCGCUGCACAUACUGAAACUCACCUCGCAUCUGGAGGUGAACCCAAAAGAAUCAGACGAAGAGAGCGUGAUCGGCAUACCGCCGAGCAGCGAGGGUCAGCCACCGGAUGAGGAAGAAUGCGAGGCGGAUGAUGGAAGUCGUUUAAAAAAAAAGACAGCACGCUUUAAACGUUUUCUUGGCUCCACAGUGCGUAAAACGGUCGACAAGGCGAAAUCGCUGGCAUCGGAAGUGUCCCAUGCACGACACAAAGAGGAUGUUGCCGACAUAACGGAUGUCAUGAAUCCCGAAGCGAAUAUAAAAAUUAAAGCCUCUUCAACCAAUAAGGGACCAUAUGAAUUUACCAAAUUGCAACACGUUCAGGAUUUGUAUGGCGAACACACUGGCGCGGUAUGGUGUAUGAAAUUUAGCUCAUGUGGCCGUCUACUAGCCACUGCUGGACAAGACAAACUACUACGUAUUUGGGUAUUAAAAGAUGCGUAUCCGUUCUUUCAGGAUAUGCGCACAAAAUACAAUGCGGAUCAGAAAUCAUCUCCUACACCCUCACAAGAGUCCCUCGUGUCCCAACACUCGGAGGAGGCGAUCGCCAUGGCGGCCGCCGCUGAAAAAUGCACCGGCCCAUUUAUGCCGAAAGCGUUCUGCACUUACAUUGGACAUACGUCGGAUCUGCUGGACGUCUCAUGGUCGAAGAAUUAUUUCAUACUUUCCAGUUCUAUGGAUAAGACUGUACGUUUGUGGCAUAUAUCGCGUAAGGAGUGCCUCUGCUGCUUUCAACAUAUUGACUUUGUCACAGCAAUCGCUUUUCAUCCACGCGACGAUCGUUACUUCUUAAGUGGCAGUUUGGAUGGUAAACUGCGUUUGUGGAAUAUUCCAGACAAGAAGGUAGCACUCUGGAAUGAAGUCGACGGGCAGACAAAACUAAUUACAGCAGCAAACUUCUGUCAAAACGGACAAUUUGCAGUAGUUGGUUCGUACGAUGGUCGAUGCAUUUUCUACAACACAGAUCAGUUGAAAUACCACACGCAGAUACAUGUGCGUUCAACGCGUGGUAAAAAUCGUAUUGGGCGUAAAAUAAGUGGCAUUGAGCCAAUGCCUGGGGAGGAUAAGAUACUUGUAACCUCUAAUGAUAGUCGCGUGCGUUUGUAUGAUUUGCGUGACUUGAAUUUAUCUUGCAAAUACAAAGGCUACUUAAAUGUAUCCUCGCAAAUCAAAGCAUCUUUUAGUCACGACGGAAAGUACAUAAUUGCUGGAUCGGAAAAUCAAUGCAUCUAUAUUUGGAAAACAAAUCACGACUACUCCAAAUUGAGCUCGGUGAGUAGGGAUUUAAAAGUGUUCUAA